AUGGUGCGCGAGAAGGCACAAGUCACGAUGGGCUCAACUACAAUGGACAUGCUGGAGGACGAAGUGGUGAAGGCGCAGGACAGGCGAUGGAGGCUCAGGCUGCGCAACCCGUGGGCUUGCUCAGCAUACACCCUGGUCACCACAGCACUUGGCUUUGCUGCGUUUUUCCUCAUGCUGCAGUCAUUUCUGACCAAGCAACUGGACACCAAAGGCUGUGAAAUGGUCUAUAUGCGCCCGAUGUACUCCAAAUUCGACGACUUCGAUACCGAGCACACACGAUUCGCCAGCAAAUACUCGUUAUACCUAUAUCGGGAGUGGGGGAUUGAUGAGGAGUUCACGGUCAAAGGAGCUCCUGUCCUGUUCAUACCAGGGAACGCCGGCAGCUACAAGCAAGUACGAUCGCUCGCCGCUGAGUCCGCAUACCACUACCACAACUCCGUCCAGCAUGAGUCGAAUGCUGGGAAAGGAGAAAGAAGGCCGCUGGACUUCUUUGCGGUCGACUUCAACGAGGACUUUACUGCUUUUCAUGGCCAAACAGUGUUAGACCAAGCUGAAUAUCUCAACGAUGCCAUUACAUUCAUCUUAUCUCUAUAUCACACCCCAGGUCGCUCCCGACGCGAUCCACACCUACCAGACCCAACAUCUGUCAUCAUCGUAGGUCAUUCGAUGGGCGGCGUUGUCGCUCGGACUCUGUUCACGAUGCCGAACUAUCAAGCGAACUCUAUCAACACAAUUGUCACGAUUGCGGCGCCGCACGCUAGGCCCCCUGUUUCCUUUGAUGGCGAUAUUGUUCGCACUCAGAAUGCAGUCAACAGCUACUGGCGGAGUGCAUAUGCACAAGACUCAGCCAAGGAUAAUCCGCUACAGCACGUCACUCUUGUGUCAAUUGCAGGUGGCGGACUGGAUAACAUAGUCUCAUCGGACUAUGCAAGCAUCGCAUCUAUAGUUCCAGAGACACACGGCUUCACCGUAUUUUCGUCCUCCAUCCCCAACUGCUGGACUGGUGCAGAUCAUCUUGCAAUCACUUGGUGUGACCAAGUCCGCAAGAGCAUCGUACGGGCACUAUACGAUGUAGUAGACGUAUCACAAGCAAUGCAGACGCUCCCCGUUACAAACCGUAUGCGAUUCUUCAAGAAGUGGUUCCUCACCGGACUUGAGGACAUUGCAGAGAAGACACUACCAAUGACCACAGAGGCCACCUUGUUGACUGUGGAUGUUGAUACCGCGAUAUUACCGCAGGAAGAACAACUCGUUCUGAGGAGCUUGGGGCGGUCUUCUCCGAAUAUAAAAGCCUUCUUGCUUCCAGUACCGCCACGGGACCGUGGCGAGAAGAUCUUCACAUUACUGACUAAUGAGCGGCUGGACGGACCAGGUGAGCAUGGCAGACUAGAAGUUCUCUUCUGCAGCAUGUCCUCAGCACAAUCUACACAGUCCUAUCUGACACACCUGGACUUUGCUGGUGAAAGUCCAACCGCGACGAAAUUGGCUUGCAAGAAUGCUGCAUCCGAUGUCAUCAUCCUUCCCGAGUCUACCAGUCAUUCGAAUUUUCCUUUCAGACCGGAUCAAGCGCCAUUCUCGUAUUUGCAGUAUGACGUGCGCGACCUGGCACAGCACCAAUUCGUCGCCGUGCUCGAUAAGGUUGCCCAUCACAGUGCAGGGUGGGUCGUUGCAGCCUUCAGUGCCAGUUCCGAGGCCACGGUUAAGGUCAACCCGAGUUUACAACGUCUACUUUACACUGGAAUCUCCUUGCAAUUACCGCCUCGUCGCCCUCUGACAACAGAGAUCAGCAUUCCCGCGUUACACUCGAGUCUACUGGCGUACGACGUACACAUCAGCAGACAAAAAUGCAGUCAAGGCGAGCUCUUCGCUCCGCUGCUACGACAAUACAUCUCCGACCUGUACGAAAGCAAAUUUUUCGUCAACGUCGAAGAUGCAAUGAUCAACGUGCAUGGGCGUGGUCGCCCUACUUGCCGAGCCGCGCUCUCCUCAAAGAGCCCUUCGAACGGUCUUUCAUUGCAGAUAUGGGCCGACCCAACGUGCGAUAGCAGCAUUGAUGUUACCCUUAAAGUGGACUUCCUUGGCAGCUUGGGAAAGCUCUGGAUGCGCUACCGAAUCGUCUUCGCAGCUUUCCCGCUCCUCGUCGUUGCCUUGGUCUUAUGCCAGCAAUUCCGCACAUACGAUGCAACUGGAGUUUUCAUAAGCUUUGCGCAAAGUCUCAACGAGUGUAUGUAUUCAUCGUUGCCACUUGCAAUCACGGCUUUGACCUUUUUGUCCAUCACCUUGGCUACUGCUCAGAUGCAGUCUAAGAAGCUGCAAGCGUUGGGUGGGCCGGCAUCAAUCAUCGGCGCAUUCUUCGAUAACGACAACGAGUUGCUACUCGGGUCAGAAGAUCCUUUCUUCUGGUUCUUGGUCCCGCUCUUCGGCAUCAUGUGCACCGCCAUUUGCGUCAUGGUAAAUUACGUUGUACUGAUCCUGACCUAUCUCUUCGCAACACUCUACGCUCUCGUCAGAUCAAACCGACUCCUAGAUGCAUCAGGCCAACGAACGCCCGAUGCUUUCGCCGUCACAUCCACCCGCCGCCGCAUCAUCAACACACUCAUCCUGUUAUCUCUCAUCUCAACGGCAAUACCAUACCAUUUCGCAUACGUCGUACUCUGCAUCGUCCAGCUUGCAACAUGCAUCCGCGGCUUCCGCCUCGCCAAGGAAGCACAACUCGACACCAACUACAACUUCUACAACUACGCGCAUUCAAUAUUCAUCCUGAUGCUGUGGAUCCUGCCAAUCAAUCUCCCAGUCCUAGUCGUCUGGAUUCGCAACCUUGCCAUCCAGUGGUUGACGCCGUUCUCCUCGCACCACAAUGUGUUAUCAAUCACGCCGUUUAUAUUGCUUGUGGAGACACUUAGCACGGGGCGCAUGGUUCCUCGAGUUCGACCGGGCAUAUCACUGUUCACGAAUGUUUUUCUCUUCGCUAUUGGGGCGUAUGCGGCGGUUUAUGGCGUCACGUAUGCGUAUGUCCUGCAUCACCUGGCGAAUAUUCUGUGUGCGUGGCUUGUGGCCAUUCACUUCGACACUUUGGGUCUUGCGUUCGAGGAUAGUAGCAAAGGGGUGGCGGUGGUGGGAGGUAGGAGUGAGGGGAAGAAGAGGCCUUGA